AUGCUUGUAUCUGACUCUGUGUCCUUCUUUUCCCACCAAUCAGCUACUGCCACGUCAGGCAUUUUUUUUUCAUCCAAUGACUUGUGGCAUCUAUCUAUCUAUCUAUCUAUCGACCUAUCGUCUCUUCAGAUCUAUAAGAAAAAUCUCUCUAUAUAUCUAUCUAUCUAUCUAAUAAGUGUCUUUUUAUCUAUCUAUCUAUCUACUCAUAUCUCUGUAUCUUUUCUCUUUUUUAAAGCCUAUCUAUCUAUCUAUUAUCUAUAUAAUAAUAAUAUCUAUCUAUCUAUCUAUCUAUUUUCAUAUAUCUCUAUAUCUUGUCUUUUUAUCUAUUAUCUAUCUAUCUAUCUAUCUAUCUAUCUCACUUUAAUCUAUCUAUAUUAUUAUCUAUCAUAUCUAUCUAUCUAUCUAUCUCAGUGUCUAAAUAUAAAUCUUUCUAUCUAUCAUAUCUAUCUAUCUAUCUAUCUAUCUAAUCAUAUCUCUCGUCUUCACAUUAUCUACUCAUAUCUCUUUGUCUCUGCCAAUUUCUCUCAUUCUAUCUUUAAAAUAUCUCAGUGUUUAAAUCUAUCUAUCUAUAGAUUUAUCUAUCUAAUAAAUAUCUAUAUUAUCAAAGAUAUAUCUCUUUGUCUCUGUCGCUAA